AUGAAGACAGGCGCUGCGAUCUACGAAGCCAACCGCAUCGCUGCCGCCAAAGCGAAACGUGAAGCCCGCAAAUCACAACUUCGCCCAGUACGCAACGCCGUCGCACAACCGCUUCCAACGUGUCCUCGAUGUCAACGGACAUUCCGGGCUCGAAUCGGACUUGUUGGACAUAUUCGGAUUAACUGCGCCUCUCGAACGGCAUCAACCAUCGUCCCCCCGCCCGCCUCUUCCUCCUCCUCCUCCUCCUCUCCGCCGCCAACUAACUCUGAUAAUUCUUCUGACCCACCACUUCCAUCCUCCUACUCCUCCUUCUCCUCCUCCUCCUCCUCCUCCUCCUCCUCCUCCUCCUCCUUCUCCUUCUCCUUCUCCUCCUCCUCCUCCUCGCCCACUGCUCCAACGGCGGCCGCUCAGGCGACUGUCCCGCGCGCAACAACCGACACCACCACCACCUCCUCCGACUCCAGCGAUGAGGAUCAGGACUACACCUGCCCUCACUGCGACCGCACCUUCACCUCACACAUCGGCCUGGUCGGUCACUUGCGAAUCCAUCGCACAGAGACUGGCGAACCAGUGCGUGAAGCACCAACCUAUACCCACCACGCUCGUCUCAACUGCCCACACUGCCCUCGCACUUUCAGGCAUCGCAUGGGUCUAUUCGGACACAUGCGCAUCCACGAUGACCUGCGGUAG